ACUUGGUCCACCCCCCACCCACACCAACUGGAAAAGAGAGCAAUGGCGACGACGGAUGCCGGAGGCGGCGACUUCGAGUUCUUGUUUCCCUUGCUGGAUCUUGGUGGCGGCAAGGCUAUACUGGGCAUUGUAGCCACCAAAACUCUCGCCUGCACAGCCGCCCAGUCGAGCAUUGCUGAUGUAGGCGACGCUGUGAUGACGGUGCAGCUAGAUUUGAACAGAAACUGCGAAGGCCUCAGCUUGUCGGCGUCAACCUCAAAGCAGUCAGAAGGCAAAAACGAUCCUCAAGCCCCUGGCUGGAGAAAGAGGGUGUACCAAAAAGAAGUAACACAUGGUCUUGCCGAUGUAGAUGCCCAUCAAUGAUAAGGUUGCUACACUCAAAGGACAACGGGUGGUACAUCAACGAGCACAGGACACUCCACAAUCACUCUCUGACAGAUAAGUGUGGACAGAAAAUAUACUGCCCCUCGCAUAGACAUAUCGACAUUUACACACGAGAUGUUAUCAAGCAGUUGCGUGAAAAUAAUAUUAGCAUUGGCAAAGUGUACAACAUAAUUGGCAGUUUCUUUGGCUCCAUGAGCAGUGUGCCUUUCCGCAAGAGAGCUUUGAGGGGGCUUUGUGGAGAGAUUAGCCGAGAUCAGGCAGACGAUGACGUUAGAAAGUUUUUGCUGAGUUGGGAUCCAAAGAUUCUGGGUUGUAUACAGAGUACAACGGGAUGCGGACAGCCGCAUACGAAAUCUGCUAUGGUCGACAGGCGCAAGCAGGACACAAUACCAUUACCUUGGAGAUGCAAUAACUUUUGAUACAACAUACCGUACAAACAUGUAUGAUACGCCAUUCGGUCUGUUCGUCGGAGUCAACAAUCAUUUCCAGAGAGUCAUAUUUGGAGGAGUUUUAGUGAGUGAUGAGACAGUGGAAACAUUUGAAUGGAUGUUCACUGAGUUUGUCCGCAUGAUGGGUGGCAAGCAUCCACAAAUCUUGCUAACAAGUGUGCCUGAGUACAAAUUUAUAUUUUGAAAUUCUUCAUUUGGUUUUCUAGCUUGCUUUCUCACAAUACAUCGCUCGGUAGUAUAAUUUACCAGUGAACCACAUCCAUGAAAGUAUAGUAUCUUUGUUUUCUUUCUUCUUGAUUCUCAUUGGUUCUGUGUGCAGCAAGAAACACAAGGUUAUUGUCGCUUGAGCACAGCUAACAAUAUAAAAACACUUGUGAAAUGUUGUUGUGUAGGUCCUUGAUGUCCUUGGAAUGGAUCAGAUACCAGCAAGCACAUUCUCAAACGCUGGACAAAGGAUGCAAGGGAUGUGUUGCCAGAACAUCUGGCACACCUUCAGAAAUAUAAGAUUAGUCUCAACUCAAUAACAUUCAGACCCUCGAAUCUAUACACUCAUGCCCUUGAAGUUGUCCGGCUUGGUGAUGCCAACACAUCGACAUAUGAAUGUGCAAUGGAUAUACUGAAGAGAGCAAUGGAUACACUGACGUCCAUGGCCAGCGUGCGUGACGGGAUGGGGCUUGAAGACAGAAUGCAUUCAGAUAAGGGGAAAGAAAAAGAGCCGAUUCCAGCACAUCCAGCAGAAAGUCACAGAGAGAGUGAUGCCGAAGGUAGUGCAGUUGGGAA